AUGGAUGUCCUCGUGAAGCGUUCACACCAUGGCGGAAUAUGGCUGGGACCGGUAGGCGUGUUGGCAAUACUACUGCUAGCGUUCUGUGUCUCUCCAGGACUUCCCGAAGGUAUCAAGCUGCCUGACCAAACUUCCAGAGUAAAUGACGACGGUCCAACGCUUCCGGUACAGCAGCAACCGGCUGUCGGUGAGGAACGGAGACAGGGCAAGAACCUGUUGGACUUUAUCGGGCUCGGAACGGGUAGCAAUGUAGACCCAUAUCUGGCACGAACCAACGCUCAGUGUUUGAACGGAGAGUUGGCCGAGUGCUUCAAGUCUCAGGCGCUCAGUACGUUCGGCGAGUUCUUCGAUAAGGAUCAAUACCAACUUACCAGCGACGCUCGUCUUGUAAGGCUACCGGAAACACAGCUACGCUCUUUGGCCCAGGAAGGCUUCGAGUACGUAGGCGAAUCACGACACUCCGACUCCGAGUGGGAACUGCUGUACAAGUACGCGCUGCGCCGAUUGGAACGGUUCGUCAAAUCAACCGCACUAGAGUUCCAAAUUCCCGACCAGCUUACGGAGGAGGGCCGAUAUUCAGCACGCUUCAUUGACGAGAUUUCGGACGAAAUCGACGUGAUCGAGGACAAGAAGGCACCGCUGUUUACGCGCCACCGGCUAAAGAAGAUCUUCAUCCCACUGCUGUUGAUACUGAAGGUGUUCAAGCUGAAGCUUCUGCUCUUCCUGCCGCUGGUGCUUGGACUGGCAAGCUUCAAGAAGCUGCUCGGUUUUUUGGCCAUCGUUGUACCGGGUGUAAUCGGUUAUCUGAAGCUGUUUAAGCCCCACCAGAGCUGCUGCACGAACGAUAUCUUUUCGGGUGGCUACCAGCCACAGUACUCACCGCAGGGACUCGGUUCGAUAGGGUUCAGCCCGUACAAGGAGUUUGGGGCAGGACAACACUAUUCACGGCCCGUUGAGAGUGGAUAUGCUUCACCGUACGGUAACUAUUACCGUGAUUCUGGACGGGGUGAUGUUCAAGGGAGCAACGUAAAGUUUGGAGAUGAUCUCGCCUACCAAGGCUACUCGGAGUAUCGCAGCAGCGGUAAGGAUGUGAAGGCGGAGAGUUAG